AGGCCCGUGUCCGACAAAACCUAACCCCACAGCGGCAACUAGACCUGCGGCGUACCUCCCAAUUGUCCCUCCCACUCAACGCCGAACCGCGGCGCCGACUCUGCCACCAACAUCAACCACAAGCGCCACGCCACCAGUGACAACCACUCUGGCACCAGUCGAGUCCACCACUCCACAGCCGGUCAGUACCCAAAGCGGCUUCACCACCACCAUCAGUCCCGUGAUGACAGAGUCACCAGAGUCUCAGUGCACACGCCGCCUCUUGGACCUGGUCUUCAUCAUUGACAGCUCGCGUAGCAUCCGCAUCAGCGAUUUUGAGAAGGUCAAGACGUUCCUGGCGCUCGUGGUCGACACUCUGGCGGUUGGCUCGGACGCCACCAGAGUGGCCGUGGUCAACUACGCCAGCACGGUCAAGAUCGAGUUCCUGCUCAAAGACCACUUCAACAAGCCCGACAUGAAGAAAGCUAUCUCCCGCAUCGAGCCGCUGGCCGCGGGCACCAUGACGGGUAUGGCCAUCAAGACGGCUGUGAACGAAGCCUUCACCGAGGAGUCCGGAGCCCGGCCUCACUCUCGGAACAUUGCCAAAGUGGCCAUCAUCGUGACAGAUGGGAGGCCUCAGGACCACGUGGAGCAGAUCUCCGCCGCGGCUCGCGCCGACGGCAUCGAGAUCUACGCUGUCGGGGUGGACCGUGCGGACAUGGCGUCUCUGAAGCGGAUGGCCAGCUUGCCUGUGGAGGACCACGUCUUCUAUGUGGAGACCUACGGUGUUAUUGAGAAGCUCACCUCCAAGUUUCGGGAGACCUUGUGUGGUCCGGACCCCUGCGCCACUGGAAAUGACUGCGAGCACAUUUGUGUCAACAACAUUGACUCUUAUUACUGCAAGUGCCGCACCGGUUAUAUCCUGAAUGCCGACCGGAAAACAUGUUCCCAGAAACAGGUGAAGGUACAGGUGGCGGUGGAUCCUUGCAAGUGUGAAGCCACACUGGCUUUCCAGAAGAAGACGCAGGUGGUCUUGCAGCAGCUUACUACCACGCAUAUCCUUCAUGUUUUAAAUAGCACAUACUGCACUGAGCAAGCCUACUCAACUCAAUUUUACUCUAUUGGCAAAGAGUAUACCGGUAAACGUACUUGCAGAUAUCCCCCUCCUUAACUUUCGAGGCCACUUGCCGAUUUCGCCCAGAGAAUUGGGCGCCUUGAGGAAGCACUGGGCCGCGUGUGAUGCUCAACAUAGGCGUGAGUGUUGACGCUCGGCUGACGCGACCGUGCAAUCAAAACACCAUCCCGGCGACCACACAGCGCGACCCUUUUCAUUUAUUUGCACAGGCUGCCCAGUGGGUGUCGGAGACAUGGACUGCUGCAACGCGCACAUGUGCUAUUCCAUUGUUGCUGGAUGGAUGUCAAGCUUGCAAUAGACUGUCAAGGGCGCACAGAAAAACUGAUCGCAUCUAAAGUGACGUCUAGUCUCUUCAACAACUGCGUCCGUCAUUCA